AACAGUAACAAACUGUCAGUACCAGUUCAGUACUGUCAGGUCACCUGUCGGGUAUUCCAUCUGACAUUUUAAGUAACUCAACAUAACUAAAGUCCCUGGUAAUCUAGGACCUUUAAACAUAACCAAACAUAACUGACAUCUUGUAACGUAACCUAAAAACAGUAGUGGAAAUAACCCUAAGAUUGUUACGCACUUCAAAGCAAAGCCAAGUGAAACCCAUACAUAGCCCACAUUAUCAAAUUGAUCGUAUUAAUGUAUUUAGUCGUUUUCUGAAGUCAGGUCAAAUAUCUGGAAUGUCUGAUUCUGAAGAUGAUUACAUGUCCGACAAGCUUCUACAAACCUGCCAAGAAGAUGUUCGUCCCGGAUUAGUCUUUAAUCGUACAACAAAGCGAAAACAUGAAUUAGAAAAAAAGAAAAAAGAACUACAAGCUAAAAAACCUAAAAACAGCAGAGAACGAGAAGAAGAACUUCGACAGAAUGCUUUAAACACGGCUAUUUCAGAUGACAAUAAGGGAUUUAAAUUAUUAACAAAAAUGGGUUUCAAGCCUGGUGAAGGUUUAGGAAAAGCGAAAACUGGCAUUACAGAACCCAUAAAAAUUGAAGUAAGAAACAGUAAGUCAGGCAUAGGAAUGGAAAACCACUUCAAAGAAAAAAUUAAAAAGAAAGUAGAAUUGAAAACUCAAGAUCUAGCAAAGACGUUAGAUGAAUUUCAAAAAAGUAAUAAAAUGAAACAAAUGCAGCGAUAUUUAUACAAGGAUUUUGUGACAGCACAGAGAGCAUGUGAAGAUCUGGAUACACGAAAGGAAAUCAAUGAACCAGUACAAGAAUUCUUUUGGACACGAGAAACAAUAAAAAAGAAGAAAGGAAUUGAAGAUGAAGAGGAGGAAGAAGAGUUCAAUGAAGAAUUUAAUUCCUAUUGUUCAGAUGAAAACUUAUUUCAGGUUAUUAACUAUCUUAGAGAAACGCACUUAUAUUGCAUGUUCUGCGCAUUCGUUGCUACAGAUGAAGAUGAUUUAAAAAUGAAUUGUCCAGGACCAUCUCGAAGUGAUCAUGAUGAUGGUUAAAAAAUAGU